CCGUCCUCUCCACUCCGCGCAGCAGACCGAUAUGGCUGUCAUUGAGGAGCUCCCGGAUGAGCCACAGUCCCCGGAGGUGGCCUCGCCUCCCGAGGCCGCCCCUACUCCGGAGGCGGCCGGCGGCGCCGAUGUCCAGGCCCUCGGCGAGCAACUGGCCGCGGCCGAUCUGACACCUGCCGACGAGGCGGAUUUCUUCCACGACUCGCUGGAAUCGGCCGACCCCUCGGCCCUGAAGGACAUCGGCAACCGGUACUUCGCGCAGCAGCGCUUCGCCGACGCCAUCGACUGCUACCUUCAGGCGCUGGACAUCCUCGGCCCGGUUCCCCAGCCGGCUCCGAAGGAGGAGCCUCCUGGUGCUGGCACCGGGGGGGGCUCUGGCGACUUGGAGGCGGCCACCGACCUGCCGGACAGCGAGCGGCCCCUGGUCGCCGAGCCGGGUUCCGACGCCGAGCAGCCCAAGCCGCCGGCCCAGGACCCCGCCGCUUCGGAGCCUUCGUCGUCCGACCCGUCGUCCGAGGCACCUGCCGAGGCGGCCGAUGAGCAUGAGUCGCUGCCGAGCGAGCCGGCCGAGAUCCGCGCUCUGCGCAUCUCCCUCCUGAACAAUUUGUCCAUUUGCGAGGCAAAGCUGGAGAAUCUCGAGGCUGCCAUCCACUACUGCUCGAUGGUCCUGGAUUUGGACCGUGACAACGGCAAGGCUCGCCUCCGCCGGGCCUCGUACCGUGAGAAGUCCUCCGAUCUGCUGGACCUCAGUGGCGCGCUCGAGGACUACGAUGAGUACCUCCGCCUUUUCCCUGCGGAUCGCGGGGUGAAGCGCACGCGCGACCAGCUGGAGCCGCGCGUCAAGGCCGAGCAGGAGCGUCUUCAGGCGGAGAUGCUGUCCAAGCUGCGCGGGCUGGGCGACUCGAUCCUCGGGAGGUUCGGCAUGUCCAUCGAUCAGUUCAAGUUCGAGAAGGACGAGAACACCGGAUCGUAUUCGCUCAAGUUCGAGCAGGGCCGUUCCUGAUGGCGCAAAUCUCGCAGAGGCGGAGACACACACACGAAGCCGCCGCUCGUCGCCCGGGAGGGGGGGAGGAGCACUGCCAAUGUAUGUGCCGCGGGAGACGGGACAUGCACGGCGCGAUCGUGGGUGAAAGUCCCCCGCGUUUGCCUGCCGGGUCUCUUUUCGUCCUUCUCCCUGCCGCUGUCUCCCUCCUUCUCUCACGCCCUCGGGGGUGUCGGCAAUGCCCCCCCCCCCCGGGAAAUCGGCGAUGUGGGGGGGGGGAUGACCGCACCCGCUGUUGUCCCGCCCCGGGGUCGCACAGUCGCAAGAGAAAAAAUACAAUAGAAGUCACUCGAGAGAAAGA